CAUGUUCGUUCUUGGUUGACAGGAAGUGCUAGUACUCGCAUUAUGAUUGGAAGACUGUUGCUCAGUUUGAAGAACGAGAACUUACUACUUUCAUUUUCAUUUUAAACUAGAUAGAGGACGGUUAUGGACAUCAAGACAAUUUCGCGCUUAUUUGGCACAAGGUCCAUAUUGUUGCUGCAAUGUAAAGCCAACACAACUGCACAUUCUGCCACGCAGUUGGGUGUUCGUGUACAACACAUCACGUGUAUCGGGAGAACCAUACGUACAACGAUCCGGUGCACUUUGCUUAGCGGCAGCUCCUGCGCUGUUUACCGACCAGUUAACACGACACAAGUACGUGGUAUGUCGACUACCGGAAGUGAGCUCCCGCGCGUCUAUCUGUUCACGAAGGACAACUGCCAGCUGUGCGAAGAGGCCAAAGAGGCACUGGAACCUAUACGACACUUGUUUACGCUGGAGGAGGUGGACAUCACCCUACCUGAGAACAAGGUCUGGUGGGACCUCUACAAGUACGACAUUCCCGUCUUCUACAUGUACGACGAGUUCGUCUGCAAACAUCGCGCUGACCUUGACGCCUUCCGCCGGGCACUCGAGAAAUACAAACACGGAUAUACCGCGUAGUGAGUGACACUCGGAAAAUACAAACACGUAUAUACCUUGUAGUUGGAUAGUGAUAUUAGCCUCGCUGUGAAAACGUGACGGAAUGCAUUUGCGUAAAGUGCCGUCCCAGAUUAGCCAGUGCAGACCAUACACCUUCCGUAUAGACUGAAUUUUUCCGUAGAAGAUACUUUCUUUAAGCGGACAAUUGUAUAGAACCGGAAAGUGUCGUUCCUGAUUAGCCUGUGUGGAAUCCACUUUACGCACAUGCAUUAAGCCCAGUUGCCCAGAAGGAGGCGCACAUGCACGUAUUCACCGCGAUGAGAAAUAUAAGCAUGGAUCCACAGCGUCGUUCGAUUCCAACACGCAUUGACCGCUAAGUGAGGGGCACUCAGGGUAUGUCAACACUGGGAUAUGGCGAAGUAAGAAAUGGAUUGGUAACGAAGUCAUCGGAUAUCUAGAUUAGGUGUGCAAAUUGAAGAAACACAUUUAUAAUAUACUUGAAAUGCGAUAAUUUGCCGCUGUUGUUUGUUCCGAUCCCUGACUAAGUUACCUUAUUGCAUAAAAAACAAAAUUAAACCAUUUAUACAUGUAA